AUGGGCCUCAAGGAUGUAUUGGCUUGGAUAGUCGGCAACAAAAAGGCGAGAAAAAAAGCCCUGAAGACGGCAGCGAAGGUCGGUACGCAAGCUAUGCCAAUGAUGAAGACUAUCCAAGCAGGACAUGGAAUCUUCAAAUUAGGGAGCGCGGUCACCAAUGUCAACGACUUCGUUUCUAAAGCUUCCGGCGUGGCAGACAGCGUCCAAAAUUUCAUCCCGGAAAUGCAAGUGAUGGGCAAGUCUCUCUGUGACAGCGUGAAAAUCUUCGGGUAUUUCAACAUGGCCGCAACGACAAUCGGAAUCGGCGCCAAUCUGGUUCUGACCUAUCAAGGGAUCCAAGCCCUACGUCUUAUCGCCGCCAAACUCGACGACAUUUCAACCAGUCUUGCCGCUCAGACCGCCCUCAUAGCGCAAAGAGACUUCCCACAGUACGUGUAUACGAUGAUCCAAGAUCGACUGAGUCAGACCGCCGAUGAUCCAGCCUGUGACCACUGGUUCUUUCUCUUUCAUCCGGAUAACGAUUGGUAUCCCAAAUUCUACCAUCUUCUUGAAAGAAAAUCUCUGGGUCCUAGAUUUUGCGGCUACACCAACCAGAUUGACACCGUCUUCAUUUUCAUGCUAGCAGCGCGGCAACGUAUUGAGGAAAGGGCAUACCGAGCUAAAAGGAAAGGACGGUCAUUUCGCCAUGUCAGGCUACAUCUCUUGAUACCAGCAUAUCAGCCUAUCCUCAUCUUUGAAGCGCUCAAAAUUCCAUUUAACUCGGAGACGAAACUCAAGCACACCAAGUUCCGUUUCUGUUCCUAG